GCCUGGGUUCCAGGCACGGCCAAUGGCACCCCAGGUGAAGGUUGAGGGGUGGAAAGUGCGGGGUAACCGGUGGUGCAGGUUUCUACCAGCGCAUGUGCAAGGCUACCUGGUCGUCAUGGAGUCAGUCUUAGCGGAGGAGCUUGAUGAGGAGGAGCAGCUAAUGAGAAGGCAUCGCAAAGAGAAGAAGGAGUUGCAAGCUAAAAUUCAGGGUAUGAAAAAUGCUGUUCCCAAGAAUGACAAAAGGAGGAGGAAGCAACUCACUGAAGAUGUUGCUAAGUUGGAAGCAGAAAUGGAACAGAAACAUAAGGAGGAAUUGGAGCAACUGAAGCUGAAUUCUAAGGGAAGUAAAAUAGAUUCUGUUGCUGUUAACAUUUCAAACUUGGUUCUUGAGAAUCAGCCACCUCGGAUAUCAAAAGCACAAAAGAGACGGGACAAAAAAGCUGCGUUGGAAAAGGAACGGGAAGAAAGGAUAGCUGAAGCUGAAAUUGAGAACUUAUCUGGAGCUAGACACAUAGAAAGUGAAAAACUUGCUCAAAUAUUGGCAGCUAGGCAGUUGGAAAUCAAACAGAUUCCAUCUGAUGGCCACUGUAUGUAUAGAGCCAUUGAAGAUCAGCUGAAAGAACAGAAAUGCCCCUUGACUGUGGCUGCCUUGAGAAGACAAACUGCUGAAUAUAUACAAGGCCACGUGGAAGACUUUCUGCCAUUUUUAACAAAUCCUAAUACAGGAGAUAUGUAUACUCCAGAAGAGUUUAGCAAGUACUGUGAGGAUAUUGUCAACACAGCUGCAUGGGGAGGUCAGCUUGAGUUAAGAGCUUUGUCUCACAUUUUGCAAACGCCAAUAGAGGUAAUACAGGCAGAUUCUCCUCCUAUUGUAGUUGGUGAAGAAUAUCCAAAAAACCCAUUAAUACUUGUAUAUAUGAGACAUGCAUACGGCUUAGGAGAACAUUACAAUUCUGUUACACAGUUGGUGAACACAGCUACUGAAAAUUGCAGCUAGUUUACAAAAUGUUGCACAAUUAUGUUUUAGUACAGUGUGCCGAUCUGACUAUUCUUACAAGUGCUGGAUUGUUCUAACAUUACUGAAAAACACAACUACCUUAAAUCAGUUUUAUGGGAAAGCUACUAAGAGAUUUUUUUUAAAAAAAUGUGUCAGAGAUAAACUUUAACCAGUGUUCGCUUAGUGGUAUUUUAAAAACACUUGUGAGUCCAGUGUGGAGAACAUCACUUACAGACCUGAUAUUUGCUGAUAUUUUUAUUAAUAUUAGGUCCUGAACAUUCUGUUCUGCACUGAAAAUAAAUUAAAAAUUUUGUUCUUAUUAGUAAAAGCUUUCAGUAGCCAUUUUAAUGUAACUUUUCUUGAAGAAAUUAAAUGACUUGGUCUCUUUGUCAUUGGAAAUAUAUGGUAAUGGUGAUAGCAAAUUUAAUUAGUGCUUACAAAUGAAUCUGAUUUCAGUAACUUGGUACUGAUGGGAUUCAUACUAUGAAACUUUUUUUAUAUAGCUGUCAAAGUGAAGCUAAAAAGUUUGCUUUAAUAACUAAAAAUUUUAAAAUAUUUAUUCACAUGGGAAUCAGGUUUAAAAAGUGAGACAAAUUCAAAGGCAAAUAGGUGUUCCCUACAGAUCAGACUUCUAAAGGAUUACACAUUUGUGUGCAAAUAAAGACCUAUCAGAUUACUCUCUCUAAUUUAUGUUACUCCUUGCUGUUUCUUAAACUUCCUAAUGGAAUUACUACCACCAUUUUUUUUUUACAGUUUUUUUAGUGUCUCUUCUUUACAUUUUAUUUUUAUUUUUUAUUUUUGAAGUAAUCUCUUUGCCCAGAGUGGGGCUUGAACACAUGAUCCUGCGAUAAAGAGUCGCAUGCCCUACUGCCUGAGCAAGCCAGGAGCUCCAAUACCAUCAUUCGUGAUUAGCUUUAUAACUACAAAGUUUUAUAUUCUUUGUUAUGUUUUCCUCAUCCUCACUUAGCUGCAUAUGUUUUCUUUGCAGCCUUUUCCAUAAGAAACAGUUUGUGGCCUCUCUUAUUCUUUAGCUUGAACAAACGGAAGAAGUAGCAAUGUAAAAGGGUCCAAGGCCAACCUGACUUCAAAUUCUUCCUCAUUUCCGGUUUGUUUUACAGAACCUUUCUUUUUGUUUCAUUCUUUAGGAUUAGAAGAAAGCCUUUGUUACUUGUUAUUUUAGGUAGCCUUUUUAAUGAUAUCUAUCCUUUUAUUCAGAUACUUGAGAAUGUUUGUGUUACAUGUAGGGAUAAAGUUGAAAGCCACUGUUUGGGAGCUAUGACUGUGGUAGUGAAGUCCGUGUACAAUACUUCAUGAUAUGAAUGAUUUAUCUGUAUCUGAUUUCAGGUUACCCUUAACACUGUUCUGCCUAAGAUGACAGUAUCCAUAUAAUAGAAAUAUGUCUCAUUGAUAAUUUGUUAUAUAAUUAAGUAUUAGGAAAAUGAGUCCUUUUGGGUUUGAUCUAGUUUUCCCAAAUUAGGAAUGAGUAGUAAGAUUUAGCAUCAAGUUCAUAAUAUUUGAAUUUUUCCUCCAUGAGUGCAACUAAUUUUUGUUAAGUAGAUACUGGGUUUUAUAAUAUUAAAACCGGGUGUGAGCCUCACAUUUCCAGCUGGUGACCAUGUGUGAAGCUGGUAGGGACUAUAGUUAGCUAGAGCAAAUAAGUACAGCUGGAAGGUAUUCCAUUUCAAAAGAUGAAAAACCAUUCUGUCUGCCAAACAAAAUGUAUUCUGAAGGCUGACUGUUUUGGAGUUCUUGAUCUGAAAUUUGGGGGGCCUGAAAUUUAUAAAAUUAUUUAAUUAUACUAAAUGGCUUGCCUUUCUUAUGAAGUAAUCUGUUACUUUAAAAUCAAAAGAUAAGCAUUGAGAAGUAAUAAGACAAGUAUCAUGAAACCUAGUUGUUACAAAUGCCAUCUAUAUUUAAAAUAACUUAUUGGUAGCUAUUUUUUUCUAAUAUGAAUGGAAUUUUCUUGAUUAUAGUUUUAUUUUUAUUUUUUAUUUUUAAAUGGCCAAUAUGGUUAUGGGUAAGAUUUGUGUGGUCAGCUUCUGUUCUUUUCUAAAACUUCAGAUAAAAAUCAUUUUAGCUGUAACCAAAAAUUGAAGUCUUUAAAAAAUGGCAGAUGUUAAUUUAAAAACAGCAUAUACUAAUUUAGUUUGCUGUGUGAUUAUGGUCUAAUGGAAGUUUCAUAAGCUUUCUUUUCUCCUAACUCAGAAAAGUAUAUGUCAGAGUUUUUGAAUAUGUCUUUAGCCAAGAAUUUUAUCCACUUAACAUAUGUUUACAAACUUAUAUAAAGCAAAAAAGAAUGUAUGUAACUAUAGUGAGCAGUAUAAUUUUGCUCAUAUUAUCUGAUGUUUGCCAAAAGAAGAAUAAAAGCUAUAUGAAUUAAAUCAA